CUCAGUUGGAUUUUUGGAAAGGAGAAGAAAAAAGCUCACCUUUGAAUUUUAGCCGCUCAUGGAUGUGAUCUUUACUUUGACCCUGUACGUCGCUGCCCAAGUUUACCCUCCACCCAAUGACCAAAACUAUAUGGCCCAAAUCUCUCUCUCUCUAAACUUUGUCUGCAAAUUUGCUUUGAGCAGCCAUGGAUACCAAAACCAAGAAAAGAUUGGUGCUUUCAGUUGUUUUCUUCUGCUUCCUCAGAACCCAUGUCUCCCUUGCAGCCGACUCCAUCACCGCCAACCAAUCUCUCUCCGGUGAUCAAACCAUUGUCUCCGCCGGUGGUGUUUUCGAGCUCGGUUUCUUCGCACCAGGUAAUUCUUCAAACUUCUACAUAGGCAUAUGGUACACCAAACAACUAGUAUCCGAGAGGACCAUAGUUUGGGUGGCAAACAGAGAAAAACCUGUUUCCGACAGAUUUUCUUCGGUUUUAAGGAUUUCAGAUGGUAAUUUAGUUCUCUUUAACGAGUCCAAAACCCCCGUUUGGUCAACGAAUUUAACCUCCUCCUCCGCCGCCACUGCACUUCUUUCGGAUACCGGAAACCUGGUCUUGAGAGAGGGGUCUAGUAAUAGUACGUCAGAGCCGUUAUGGCAAAGCUUUGAUCAUCCGGCUCAUACAUGGCUGCCAGGAGCUAGAAUUGGGUUUAACGCUGUUACCAAACAAGCCCAAAUUCUUACUUCAUGGAAGAGUUCGGAGGAUCCUGCACCGGGUCUUUUCUCGCUCGAGUUAGACCCGAACGGGAGCGAUGCGUAUUUCUUACGGUGGAAUAGGUCUAGGCAGUAUUGGAGUAGUGGACCAUGGGAUGCAAAAUCAAAGCUUUUCAGCUUGGUUCCGGAAAUGAGGCUCAAUUAUAUAUACAACUUCAACUUUGUUACGAACGCAAACGAGAGUUACUUCACCUAUUCUCUUUAUGAUCCAAAGAUAAUUUCUCGAUUCGUGAUGGAUACUUCGGGGCAGAUUCAACAGCUGACAUGGUUGGAGCCUUCCAGGCAAUGGAAUAUGUUUUGGUCUCAACCAAGACAACGAUGCCAAGUUUAUGAUUUGUGUGGCGCCUUCGGAACUUGCAAUCAGGUAAGCGCGCUCUCCUGUAAUUGCUUGAACGGUUUUGAGCCAAAGGCGAAGAGAGACUGGAAUUUGCAGGACUACUCUGGUGGGUGUAAGAGAAAAACCGAUCUGCAUUGUGAAAAUGCUACUAGUGUGAACAGGAAGCCAGACCGGUUUCUUGAACUUCCUAGCAUGUCAUUGCCUGAAAAUGAACAAUCUGUGGAGGUUGGGAAUAUUGCGGAAUGUGAAUCGUUCUGCCUUAGAAACUGCUCUUGCACUGCUUAUUCUUAUAACACAAGUGGAUGUUCGAUUUGGGAAGGAGAGCUCUUGAAUUUGCAACAACUAACAUCAAGUGACGACCAGGGAACAACUUUAUACCUCAGACUUGCAGCUUCUGAGUUUAAGAAUUCUAAAAGUAACAAGGGAUUGAUUGUUGGUGUUGUGGCAGGCUCAGCUGCCGGCUUAGCAGUCCUUUUAGGCCUUAUUGUGUUUGUAAUCUUGGGACAGAGAAAGCGAGGGACUGGAAUGGGAAAAGCAGUAGAGGGUUCGUUGAUGGCAUUCGGGUACAGAGAAAUGCAAGAUGCAACGAAGAACUUCUCUGAAAAAUUGGGGGGAGGAGGUUUUGGUUCUGUUUUCAAAGGGACAUUGCCUGAUUCGUCUGUCAUAGCAGUGAAGAAGCUCGAAAGUGUUAGCCAAGGGGAGAAGCAAUUCAGAACAGAAGUGAGCACAAUUGGGACAAUCCAACAUGUCAACCUUGUCCGCCUUCGCGGGUUCUGCUCUGAAGGUGCUAAAAGGAUGUUGGUUUAUGAUUACAUGCCGAAUGGGUCUUUAGACUCUCACCUUUUCAACGAUCAGCAUCCGAAUGUCUUGAGUUGGAAAACAAGGUACCAAAUUGCACUUGGGACAGCAAGAGGGUUGGCUUAUCUUCACGAGAAAUGCAGAGAUUGCAUCAUACAUUGUGACAUAAAGCCGGAAAACAUUCUCUUGGACGCUGAACUUUGCCCCAAAGUGGCAGACUUUGGCCUUGCAAAGCUUGUUGGAAGAGAGUUCAGCAGGGUCUUGACUACCAUGAGAGGCACAAGAGGCUAUCUUGCACCGGAGUGGAUUUCGGGUGUGGCGAUCACAGUGAAAGCGGAUGUGUACAGCUACGGAAUGAUGCUGUUUGAAUUCGUGUCGGGGAGAAGAAACUCUGAGCAAUCUGAAGAUGGGAAAGUUAGGUUCUUCCCAACUUAUGCUGCUAGCAAGAUUAGUACUCCAGAAAGCGAUGUGCUGAGCCUAUUAGACCCGAGGCUCGAUGGCAUUGUGGAUGUAGAAGAGCUCACAAGGGUUUGUAGAGUUGCUUGCUGGUGUGUCCAGGAUGAUGAGGCCCGGAGGCCGUCUAUGGGGCUGGUGGUACAAAUCCUCGAGGCGGUUUCCAAUGUCAACUUGCCGCCAAUUCCGAGAGCUCUUCAACUGUUAGGAGACGACCAGGAGCAGAUAAUCUUCUUCACUGAGUCAUCCUCGAGCCAGAGUUCACGCCCACGGAGCAAUAACACAUCAACGGCUUCCUCUCAAACCAAGAGCUCCCCAUCUUCAACCAUCUCCAAGAGAUCUGAAGAGCAUCAGUGAGCAUUUUGAUGUGCCUUUUCUAUCUGGUCAUUGAGUUUGAUCCUCAAGUAAUUGUCUCUAUGUGUUAGUGUGUGUGUGUAUCUCUAUGUGUUAGUGUGUGUGUGUGUGUGUAUAGAUGGCUUCUGAUGAGGUAUGUUGUAAUAUUAUUCAAAUAUCCCAAUAAGCAAUGGUUCAUAUCAUAAUGCAUAAGUGAUAGACCGUUAGUUUUGAAAACUUUA